GGCAGCGAGCAGGAAUUUCUCACCUACUCGAUUGCGCUUCGAGGAUUCCUUCCUUCAGUUCUGCUCAGUACGAGGCUUCUCUCACCUCUCUGGAUCUUCGAUUCUUCGAGCUCGAUCACGAUAAGGGAUCGCUCUCUCUGCUAAAUUUGUUGUUCGAACUCCAUCUUUAGGGUCUUAAUUGAUCUGUAGAGUCUGUUAUUUGAUUGCUAGGGUUUAUGAUUAGGAUUUUGGAUGUUGAGUUCUGAUUUUGCUUCUCAGUCCUCUUUAGAUGAGAUCCAGUUUACAUGAAUUGGAAGCUAAAUUUCAUAUCUGAGCUUGAUGUUUCAUUAUACCUGUUGUUCCGAAGGAAAACUUACAUUAGAGAAGUUGUUCAUUUUUUUUUUUUUUAAAGAUAAACUAAGCUGCCAUGGAGAUGGAUCUUGGGCAGCCUGCUGGGUCAAAUUGGAAUAGUAAUAUAGGUGGAGGUGGAAAUGAAGGGCCUGAUCGGGACGGGGACAUUACGGACCCUCCCUGUAAUACUAAUGAUAGAAUUGAACCACAUGUAGAUGGAACACAAUCAAAUGUUAGAGACACGGUGUUUGGAGACGAGGGGAAUGUGGAUCGUCUGAAAUCUGUAGAGCUUCAUGAUGGCAUGGAUUUCGAAUCAAAGGAGGAGGCUUUUUCAUUUUAUAAGGAUUAUGCGAAGUCGGUGGGGUUCAAUCCAAUUAUAAAGGCCAGCCGCCGGUCGAGAAUAUCUGGGAAAUUUAUCGAUGCCAAAUUUGUCUGCACCAGAUAUGGUAACAAACCAGAGUCUGCUGAGGAACCCGCUUCGACCUCGGAGAACUUGACGUUUCCUGUCAAGAAGAAACGGGGGAGGAUUAACCGGUCUUGGGAAAAGACGGACUGCAAGGCUUCCAUGCAUGUGAAGCGGAGGCCUGAUGGAAGAUGGAUAAUUUGUAGUUUCAUAAAAGAGCACAAUCACGAACUCCUCCCUGAUCAAGCGAGCUACCCCACUGGUCAUGGGGAUCCAGAUAUCCGCGAGAAUGACCGAGAUGCUUUGCAGGCGGGCCAAGCUAAGCAGAUGUAUAUGAUGGCCAAACAAUUCAGUGGCAGUAAGAAACCUCACAAUCAAGUGGGGCAUUUAACGAAUCAACACGAGUGUGAGGUGCACUUACGAUUGGAUGAAGGAGAUGCUCAGGCUCUGCUUGACCAUUUUCUACGUAUGCAAGAGGAGAAUCCUAACUUCUUUUAUUCACUGGACUUGAAUCAACAGCAUCGCCUGCGGAACGUCUUCUGGGUUGAUGCAAAAAGCAGGCUUGAUUAUAGGCAUUUUGGUGAUGUGGUCUUCUUUGACAUUGUGUACAUAAAAAAUGAAUACAAGUUGCCAUUGGUUUCCUUUAUUGGUGUGAAUCAUCACUUUCAGUCCCUGUUACUCGGAUGUGCUCUGGUUGCCGAUGAGACUAAGUUGACCUACACUUGGCUGAUGAAGGUGUGGCUCAAAGCAAUGGGUGGGCGUUCCCCACAGGUGAUGCUCACCGACCAAGAUAUUGCUCUUAAGGAAGCCAUAGCAGAAGUCAUGCCUGAUUCUCGUCACUGUUUUUGUCUGUGGCAUAUCCUGAACAAGGUACCUGAGAAGGUCAAUUAUGUUAUAAUGCAGGAUGAGAAUUUCAGGAAGAAGCUCGAUAAAUGCAUCUUCAGGUCUUCUACAAAUGAACAGUUUGAACGAAGGUGGAAAAAAAUAGUUGAUAGAUUUGGUCUAGGAGCAAACAUGUGGUUGUUGUCACUAUACGAAGAUCGUGAGCAGUGGGCUCCGACAUACAUGAGGGGCAUCUUUUUGGCAGGGAUGUCUAAGGCACAGCGGUCAGAUGGUGUGAGCUCUUUCUUUGACAAGUUCAUGCAGCGGAGAACUACCUUAAAAGAGUUUUUGGAGCAAUAUGGAGAUAUUUUACUAGAAAAGUAUGAAGAUGAAGCAAAAUCAGAUUUUGAGAGUUGGCGUAAACAGCCUGCUUUGAAAUCUCCGUCACCAUUUGGGAAACAAAUGGCGGCUGUGUAUACUCAUGAAGUAUUCAGGAAAUUUCAGGCUGAAAUCCUGGGAGCUGUUGCCUGUCAUCCCAGGAAAGAAAGCAAAGAUGGACGAGUCACGAGUUUCAGGGUCCAAGAUUUUCAAGAGAAUAGAGAUCAUAUUGUAGUGAGAAAUGAAGCAACUGCAGAUUUAUCAUGUUCUUGCCAUUGCUUUGAAUUCAAUGGUUUCCUUUGCAGACAUGUAUUGAUUGUUCUGCAAGUUUGUGGUGCAUAUCGCAUCCCUUCGCAAUAUAUAUUGAAACGCUGGACAAAGAUUGCAAAAAGUAGAUAUUCUAUGAUCCAAGAGCAGUCCGUUGUUACAUCUAGAGUCCAAAGGUACAACGAUAUAUGUUGGCAGGCACUUAAGUUGGGGGAUGAAGGGUCUUUGUCUAAACAAAGUUAUGACACAGCACUAAGCGCACUUGAAGAAGCUAUAAAGAAGUGCAGUAGUCUGAAUGACUCCAUUAAGUAUGUGCCAAUUUUGCAACCUAGUCACGAAAGUCAUGACCUUGCGAAAGUUGACCACGACAUUGGAUCCACUGAAAAAGAGAAAAAGCAUAGCAUACCUGAAGAAGGAAAGAUUCAGAAAGGGGCAGAGGUCAUCAGCUUUGGGAGGAUAACCUGAAUUGGCAAGCAAAUGGGAAUAUCAAAUUCACAAGCGUUGGCACCUCAUUGAUUCAAGGCUCGAGAGAGCACGCGAGUUCGUGCAAGAAAAAUUGAAGUCAAAAAGCCUUUUUCUGGUGAUAGCUAUAAUGUCCAGACAAUGAAUGAUGAACUCAGUGUCCAGUGGUGCUAACUAUUGUCCAUGGGCAUGGCAUGCAAGGGCAGGUCCCUCAGCUAAUUUCUCAGCAAAGGAUGCAUGGGAUAGUAUGUUACUCCAGUUGUUGGACUGAUCAGAACUCUGCCUAGUGUAAGGCUAGGUGAAGAGGGCGCCAGUUGUACCAAGAAAGAGUGUUACACUUGAAGACCAUUUCCUUCUAGCAAGCAACCAACUAUGUCAAAGACCUGGCUGGUUAACAAUGGAUUUAUGUCAUGUUAUGCAUUUAAUGGUGAUACCCUGUUUUAUGCUUAGUUGGGCAAGGGCAUUUCAGACCUCAUACUGCCUGUUCCGAUAUUCAGAAUCGAUCCAAUGGAUGACCCUGUGCAAUUCUUGAAGUGACAUCAAAAGAUUUGCAUGAGAACAUGUUAGUCAAUGGCAUCUAAUGCCCAUGCUUUUGAUGAUAAAUUUAUGCUGUCCUACAGUCUUACCUAAAAUGUGGAAAUCUACUGUCCCAGUCUAAAAGAGCCUCUCUCAACGUAGAGUUCUUGAAACAGUGAAAAUUCUCAUCAAAAGGCUGAAUUUGUGUGAGUAUGAGGCUUACCAAGGAACUUACAGGAGGUACUGCAACAGCUAUCCAACACCAUGGAUACUUGAGUAAAUAUUUUGUGGUCUGAAGAUGUGCGACUGGCGACCUUGCUAGCACCUAAGCUCCCAACAUUGCGGGUGAAAGUGUGAUUAGUACGAAUAGGCAGAACCACGGAAAACAACUUAUAGAGAAGUCUCUGACAUUGUGGUUGGAGAGGAAAGACAUUCAACUAAGCCUUCCUUGCGGUUGGUACUCGCUUUUAUCGUGCUAAGUCAAUGGAUAGCAAUUUUCUACCCCAUCAAGCUACCAGACUCCAAGUCGGUGGACUGAAGAUUCUAUAUGAACUCUUCUCAAUGCAGUGAAAACUCGUGUCCUGUAUUCUUAGAGGUUCUGUCACCUGCAAUUGUGGAGACAAAGCCUUGAAGCUUGAUAUCGGUGGUUGAAGUUUAGACAUGCCACUGGACUUCAAACUCGGAGGGUCGAAAAUUGUCUGUCAGAUUCAUUGCCGAAAUAUGAAUGCCAGGAAGACCAAGAUGAAAUUACACGGUCACAUGAAUUGUCCAUGAAUGAUCGUGUCAAAUGCUGUCUUCCUUUCUAUGCAUGUAAUUUGGUAUAUCUUGUGCAUGGUCUGGAAACGUACCAGUGAUCAUGGUUGUGUAAAUUUUUCGUUUUGCUCCCUGAAGUUUUCUCAUUUUUGAAUUGCCCCCUGUUGUUUCAGCUGUCUCAUGUUUCCCCAUGCUUCAUGAAUAUACCAUAGUGUAUCCUAA